CCUCCCGGUGCAACCAUGAGCCGCCGUGACCGCGACCCCCGUGUGCCGCCGCCCCUCACCGUGGCCCCGGGGCGGCUGGCGGCGGCGGCGGCAGCGCGGGGCGCGGAGCGAGAGGAGCUGGCGGCACUGAACGAUCGUUUCGCCGCUUUCCUGGAGCGGGUCCGGGCGCUGGAACGGCAGAACGAGACCCUCCGUGCCGCUCUGGGCCGCGCCACCGCCGCCACCGGGCCCCGCACCGGGCUGGUGCAGGGGGAGCUGCGGGGGCUGCGGGAGCGGCUGCAGCGCCUCGGCCGGGACCGGGACCGGCUCCAGGCUGAGCGGGACGGGCUCGCCACCGACCUGGCGGCCCUGCGGCAGCGGCUGGAGGACGAGACACAGAAGCGUGAGGAUGCCGAGAAGAGCCUGGUGCUGUUCCGCAAGGACGUGGACCACGCCACGCUGUCUCGCCUGGAGCUGGAGCGCAAGGUCGAGCUGCUGAUGGACGAGAUCGGCUUCCUCAAGAAGCUGCACGAGGAGGAGCUGCGGGACCUGGAGGUGAGUGCCCCGAGCCCGGCGGGGCUGGCAGAGGUGGAGGUCUGCAAGCCGGAGCUGACGGCUGCGCUGCGGGAGAUCCGCACCCAGUACGAGAGCAUCGCUGUCAAGAACCUGCAGGAAGCCGAGGAGUGGUACAAGUCUAAGUUUGCCGACCUCUCAGAUGCAGCAAACCGUAACCACGAGGCGCUGCGGCUGGCCAAGCAGGAGAUGAACGAGUCCCGGCGGCAGAUCCAGAGCUUGACCUGCGAGGUGGACGGGCUGAAGGGCGUGAACGAGGCACUGCAGCGGCAGAUGCGGGAGAUGGAGGAUGAGUUCGGGGAGGAGAUCGGGAACUACCAGGAUGUGGUGGGGAGGCUGGAGCAGGAGAUCCAGCAGAUGAAGGAGGAGAUGGCGAGGCACCUGCGCGAGUACCAGGACCUGCUGAACGUCAAGAUGGCCCUGGACAUCGAGAUUGCCACGUACCGCAAGCUGCUGGAGGGCGAGGAGAGCCGGAUCACCAUCCCACUGCAGCCCACCACCUCCUUCAGCAUGAGAAGCUCAGUGCUGGAGCCCCAGCCUGCAGAGAGCUCGGCACGGAGGAUGGUGCUCAUCAAAACCAUCGAGACACGGGAUGGGCAGCAAGUGGUGACAGAGUCGCACAAGGAGCGGGCGGGGAAGUGACACAGAGGAGCUGAUGCGAUUGCCCCGAGCCCAUGGUGGGGGUUUUGCCAGACCCUGCUGCGUCCUGGGCGGGGCACGGAGCAGAGCAGAGGGGCUGGGAGUGCCCCAAUUCCUAUUCCUGCUGUCAGCACCACGGGACAACGCUGUGGUGUGUCCCUGUGCCUUUGCAGUGUGUCCCUGUGCCUUGUCCCCGCACUAUUUAUCGCUAUUUAUUGCCUAUUUAUUAUCCUCCCAUCCACAACCCCACUUGUAUUUAAUAUCGAGUGUUCCCCACGCUGCCCUGGGGCCGAAGGGGUCUCGGCUUCCCUCCCGCCACCAGAGCUGGCACCGGCUGCCCCAGGGGCUGGCGGAUCCGGUGACAUCCAAGCGCUGUCCCCUCUGGUGUCACCGUCUCGGGGAGUGGGGCAGAAAGGGAAGCAGCGCCCGGCUGAGAGGGGAUCUGCAUCCCCAGAGCCCCUCUCCAUCACCACCACUCCCAUUUUGGGGGGGUCUCACCUCCCCUCCCAUCACUGGAACCGGUACCGGUGUCACCACCUCGGGGAGCCUCAACCCCGCUCCCUCCCGAGACCCCGCGACUUCCAGAGGAUCGAGGGCACUCCCGGUAUCCCGGAGGGCUCCAAGCCCAUGGAAUGUCCGGUCAGAACGGGAUCAGUGCUCCCGGAACAUCGCGGGACCGGAGCGGACACCGGCGGGAGCGCCGCGCUCAUUCCCCAUCGGCACCACCAGAGGGCGCCACCGGCCCGGCCCGAUCGCUGCCGCGCGUUAAUUACGUAUUAAUUACGUAUUAAUCACGCAUUAAUUAGGGGUUAAUUACAGCGUGACGAGCUCUGGGUGUGCGGGGAAACACCCUGAUUUCUCUAACUGCGUUAUUUCAAGAAUUUUUUGGCAUGACUGCGUUACUUCGAGCAACUUAUGCAAAGUUGCGUUCAUGCAAAAUUUGCGUGUUAGUUAUUUUAAGCAAAUAUUUUGCACUAUUUCAUGAUUUUCAGCAUUUUUCGAGUCGCUGAUUGAAUUGUUUAAAGCAAAUUAUGCACAAUUGCGUUAUUUAAACAAAUCUUGCCCACUUACUUGCAUUAUUUAAGCAAAUUUUGCACUAUUGCGUUAUUUUAAGUAUUUUUUUGCAUCACUGUGUUAUUUUAAGUAAUUUUUUGCAUUAUUGUGUUAUAGCAAAUUAUUUAAAAUUGCAUAAUUUCAUGGAAAUUUGGCAUCAUUAAUUGCAUUAUUUUAUGCAAUUUUCGCACCAAUAAUUACAUGAACAAAGUAAUAUAAAAUCGCGUUAUUUUAA